AUGAAGUCACACGUCGCUCUGCUAUUAUUGCCACACUGCAUUGUUGCCUGGAACUACAAGGAGAAGGUGUUCAUGUACCAGGCAGCGGAGACAUUGACAAAGUUCUACACCAACUCGCCUGACGAGCGCGUGAUCUAUGAGCGGCUGGCAAUGUUUCUCGGCGACUACGGAGCCGUUCUCGGGCUACGCAGCGAUCCGACGGCGCAGGACUACCGCGAGGCGCUGGAAAAGCUGAUGGCGCAUGUGGAGAGGGCCAAGAAGGAAGGCAAGCAAGGAUGCGCCGGGCGAGAUCAGCCUGGACGUGCUGAGCUGGCCGGCUGA